AUGUUUCGUGAAGUCAGUUUUUCGACCGUUCUUGGAAAAGGUAAUGGAAAAGAACGAGCUCUCUCUCACUUUAUCGCAGGUUUUCAAUCUCACUGAUUUCAUUUGACAUAGCUGUCGAUACAGUCAAACCUGUAUUAGGAAGUCACCCACGAGGAAUGGCGGGGUGAGACCGCUCAAUACAGCUUCUACAGAAUAGGGGUAUUUUAAAACCGAUAAAAAUCGCCACUUUACGCCUUAAUGGACCACUUAGUAUCCAAAAACUCGCUCAAAAUAUUGCUAAGAUUUCGGGAGAUAGAAAUGGAUUAAUCUUUACUUGAAAGAUUAUUCCUAGUUUUAUGAGUGGUUCGCUUUACGUGACCGUUUAAAACAGCUGGAGGACAAUACAAACCGCCUUCUAGAGGUGAUCGCUAAAUAAAGGUAAAAAUUACAGUUAUUAAGUCGUCACAAUUUCGGGACUUUGAAAACCGACCGCUUAAUACGGUGCCGCUCUAUACAGGUUCGAAUGUAGUUACUUUUGCUGCUCCUUUUUGUAACUUUUGUUUAGGGUUGACACGAACUUCCCCUCUACUACCUGGGAAGAGAUAGUGAUCUGUGGCGAAAUUAAAUAACAGAUGCAAAGAACAUGAUUUACAAAUUUCUUGUGGGGUUGUAUCACACUUAGUUACAGCGUUCUUUUCGAAUACUGUAACAUCACAAGCAUGCCGGACUCGAUACAGUUUCUAAGUAUACCCACUCGUGAUCUUUCCUUCUCAAAAGUAACGUAGUCUAUACACGUUCCUUGAAAGUUUCCAGGUUUUAGAUUGAAAGUUUUUUUUGUACGUAAUUUUAGGUGAUCUCAACAAUCUGUCCUACACUUUCGAUUUUGGUGACGGCUCCUACGUGUUGACCACGUGUCCUACUGCCACACACGUGUACACGCGCGUGGGUGAGUUCCACGUGAAGGCGUCUGCGAGGUCAAACGAGUCAGGCCCGAUACUGGCGUCCACGUGGGUGUUAAUUCAAAAUCCAACGGGUAAACUAACUUUAGACUACCCCAAAGAGAUUCUUGAGGUGGGAAACGAGACUGAGAUUGUCUUGAGUGUCAGCCAAGGCACGUGGAUGACAGCUCUAUUGCAUACAACACACCAGGAAGAUGGGAAGAAUAGAAAGUCAUUUAACGUAUCGGGUGAGUGAGAGGACGUGUUGUUUGUCGGGGGGGGGAGAGGUGAGGGGGCUAGAGUCAGUUUACAAGGUAUGAGGCCGCUAAUGUCGCAGAUUUUCGUUUCAGGAGCUUGAGGCGAAUAGAAAAAUUGACAACCUCCCCCCUACCCCCUACCCCUACCCUUGUGGUUAGGCCAUCGCGCAGGGGGAGGAUGAGGGGGUUAAUGUCAGCUUACAAGGUAUGAGGCCGUUAAUGGCGCAGAUUUUCGUUUCAGGAGUUUGUGGAGAAUAGGAAAAUUGCCAACCUCCCCUUACCCCUACCCCUACCCCUACCCCAACCCUUGUGGUUGGUAUGUUAGGCCAUCGCGCGGGGGGAGGGUAAGGGGGGGCUUUCGUCAGUUUACAAGGUAUGAGGCCAAACACCCCUACCCUUGUGGUUAGUAUGCUAGGCCAUUGUGCAGUGAUCCUUUAGACAGGGGCUCUUGGUUAUUUCUUGUUUAUUCAUCAUUGAAUAGGAUAUUUUCUUUUACCUCAGACCCCAUAAUCCACGACAUAGGUUCGUCUGCAACAUUUGGAAAUUCCAGCAACUCCCCCGAAACGGACGGCGCAUACGUAAUCCCAUCUGCUAUGCUGAAGAAAGACGGUUUUGUACUAGCCUGGGAAUUCUUCGCCUCUAAACUUGGAUCCAUUCAGUUACAGGUCAGUGAUUCUUACACUGCACAGUGUAAUACAUUCGAAAACCGCUGACCACUGAGAUUAAAAAUUCGCCACUUAUUUUUCUUAGAAUGGAGAAUUUAAAAUUGCCGUCUUAUGGGCAAGGAAAACGCCAAAGAAGCAGUUAUAAAACCAAAGAGAAAUCAGAAUGGUUCAAGAUGGAAAAGAUGAAAACGGAUUGUAGACGUCAAAUCUGAAAGAAUUUGUCAAUAUUUUUCAGGAUAAACCAAAUGAGACUUUGCCCCUUUAGAGUGAUAGGCGAAACGGCCUUGUCGCAAGCUCAGGGGAAGACGGGAUAGGGAGGAAUAUUUAAUAAAGCCCUCUCAGAGAGUAUUAUUUGCUUGUGUUUCGACUCCUGGGGGCAUAACAUGUUGAAAUUUGUAGUCCUCGAAAGCGACUUGUGCGAGUUAAGCGACUUAUCAGACUCUGAAUGCAUUCCGUAGCUUUUAAACAAUUAUUUUUCUAAUGUGACACUUGUUUUUAGGUUUACCGUCCCAACUGUUCCUCGCUCGACAGCUAUUUCUGCCCGAGAAAUUAUUCCUGUAUACCCAAGGCAGACUCCUGUGUCGACUCCAGUCUGUUCAGUUGUCCUGGGGACAAGAGCAUCUGCGUAGGAACUGGUCACUGUUUGUCUACUUGUCAAGGACCGAACAACUCAUUUCUGGCCAUUUCGUCUCCUGUGACCGACUACGUCGUCGUAGCAGGUAGACUUUUGAGUGUGUUACCUUGCGUGACUGUAUUAAAGCGCUUGCUUCGAGCUUUGCGUGACAGUAAAAAAUGGCGUAGGGAUUCAGGAUUGAGCGUGACGGGUUAAAUAAAUAUUGGACAUUACGUGAAUAAUAUGAAAGAGGAGUUUUUUAAUACCCUAUUUAUACCUUUUACCUAUAGAUUAAACAGUAUUAAAGCGCAACGUCUUUCGUAUAAUACUGACCAACCAAGAGGACAAACAAAAUCUGACGAGCGUUUUCGUCUGUUCUUUCUUUUUCUCAAUUGCAGAAACUGUGGUGAACAUCACAAAACUCGGCAACAAUCUUUUCCCUCUUGCUUCCCAGAAAGCCAUCGAAGUGAAAGCUGGUGACGUCAUAGGAUGGGUUGGAAACGGUUCUUCUGGCACGCUGGCCUUUGAGAAAACUAUUAAUGACCCAUCGUUCUAUUUUUCUAGUUCAUCGUCCAGUUUUGCAGUAGGAAGCGAUUUGACAAAAGGUAGCGCCACUCGGCACGAAAUCAAACAUGUUCUGCGGGCUCAUGUUUCUCAGCCCUCACAAGCAGCGGUUGUUGUGGAAUAUACCCAAGCAGGAGUUUACAAUGUGUCGGUUUCUGUGGGAAAUGUGGCUGAAAGUGAACUGAGGAGUUGCAAAAUUACCGUGCAGGUGCUGUGUUAUAUGUUAUGAUUGACAUGAUUGCAGUGACUACUGAUUUUAACUGAAGGGUCAAAACUCACAAUGACCUCAGAAAAGGCUCAAGGCACUGAAUUUUCAGCAAGGGUGUCACGCGCGGCAUCAGGUGUUGGGGGAGUUUCUCUUUUAUCGCACAUGGGGCGUCACGCCACUAGUCGCGAGCGGAAGUCUGUCACCUAGGAAUUUUGCGCCAUUAAUUCUACGUCUUCUAAAUCUCAUUGGGCGUUGAAAUGUUGAUAAAAGGUUUUAACAGAUAGUUAUGAUGCUUUUCUAGGAGCGCAUCGAAAGUCUCCGCAUUGUAGAGCCCUUGACGAACAUAAGUUAUCCCAAAGGAGAACAAAUUAUCCUGACGAGCGCUGUGGACAAAGGAAGUGACAUAAACUAUACGUGGACCACAGACGGGGCAACGUACGACGUAAAAAACCCUAAAGUAUUUUACAACAAUACUGGUAAGGCUACAAAUGCAUUCGACUUCUUUACGGAGGCCAAUUUACAUUAUCAACUCAGUUUAUCAAACUAAAUUACCUCGUAAUUCCUCCCCCCCACCUCCCGCACCAACGCAGUACCACAGUUUCCUUUGAAACUUACCCCCUCAUUCAUUUACAGGAACCCACCCAGAUGAUUGACAAUGUGACUUUUACAGUACAGACUCAGUCCUUUCUGCAAUAAUGGAGAAUUUCUGUAAAAUCUACUUUACCCAGUCACUGAUUUUCGUGCUAUUUCUACUUUGCAGGUUUUUACCCAGUCUUGCUCUACGUCCACAACGCAAUCAGUUCUGCAAACGCUUCUUCAGUUGUUAGGAUACUCGAACCAGCGUCAGUAGCUUGGAGGGAGAAACCGCCGACCAAGAUUGACGUUGGCGCACCAUUCAACUUUUCUGUGGUCCUGAAUGGAACAAACGUCACUUUGACUGUAGAAUUUGGAGACGGCUCUAAUUAUGAAAAGUUUUAUACUUCUGCCCUGAACACUGUUGUGAACAUUACGCACAAGUAAGUCCAAACUUGGAAGGUAACGUUGCAGGUAGUUUCUGUUAAUCAUCUAAAACUGAAGGAAGCCAGCUCGUUGUGAGUACGUGCUGGAUGGACUCUUACGCGCGUUGUUAAUACUAGAAGGAUUGAAAAUUGUUUUGAGCCAUCACUGCCAUUAUUCAGUACUCAAAAAUCCCGCGCAUUUCUGGUUGGCCUUUUUAAGGGAUAGGACUAGUUUAUUUAGAACCAAUUUUUUUGUUAUUCUUGAACAGGACAGUACGAAGUGCCAGUUCUAAAAAAUGUAAAGCUUUUUCGUAGACUUUCUAAAAUAUGUUUUGUUUGAAAAAAAGGAUUUUGACCAAUCACGAGUAAGUGACUUGGAUCCCAUUCCAAGCGUCUGGCAGCAAAGUCUGAUUUUUUGUCCCAAAUGAGGUAAACUUGAGGAAAAGACUGGAAUUUCGAAAAAUGAUUGGAACGCAGGAAAAGGCAACCUUCGGAAUAAGUCAAGCCGUAGUUUGCUGUGCAAAUAGUGGCGGAAAUUCUAAUUUUUGAAUCAGCGCAUUAGCCUGUCUGAAAUGUAAGCCGUCUUCUCAUGAUCAGCAUACGUAAAGGGAGGGAAACCCAACUGGAGAAUUUCUCACGUAAAAGGGUUGGAAGGCCAAAAUCACUUUUGUCUGCAGGAAAAAUGUCAAUCACUUGAGUUUAGACGGCUUGGAAUUGAUCUUCAAGCAAUCUCGUGUACAAACUAUGGGUUAAGAUUCUUGUAUUUAUAAUAAAUUUACGUACAUAUUUGGUAAUAAAUCUUAGCAAGUGCAAAAUAAAAUAGACGCACAAUAUUUUUGUUGCGUGGAUGAUCUUGCCCUCUAUCUGCAGACUUUUGCAGUUACUGACUACUACUUUUCAUUGUUCCACUUUUUCUCCUUCAGUUAUACCAGAGAUGGAGAAUACGAAAUUUCAAUCAAAGCCCGGAAUAACAUAUCGUCUUCCGCAGCGCUUUUAAAGUUCUCACUGAAGGUUGUAAGCGAUCUUGGAGACAUCUCAAUACGGCUGUACCCGGCAGCAAAUGCCGACAAAGUUCUUCAUGUUUCUACCGAACAAGUUUUUGAAAUUGAGGUCUCCGUACCAAAUGAGCAAGAGGUGAACUACACAUUUACAUAUGGCGAGUCGGCUUCUAAAUCUGUUCGUACCGAGAAGGGUUACACAAAAUGGUCCCACAAAUACGACACCCCGACUGACUUUAACAUCUCCAUAAAAGCAAGUGUCAGAGGAUAUUCUCAGUGGGAAUUUGUGCAUGUCAUAGCCAAGCUCUGUGGUGCACCAGCCAUAUAUUUUCCCAACGAGUAUAAAGAACAAGAUCCACAAAUUAUUACCCGAGGCACUACCAUCGACUUUUUUAAAGUUGAUGUGGAAACGAAGAAGGAAUGUUCGAAGGGUGAGCCUGUUUAUUCAUGGGACAUUACUCCAUCACAAGCCAUUUCUGAGGCUGAAAAGAAGAAAGAAUCUUUCGUGUUUGAAGCCAGAAGCCUAAACACUGGAGAUUAUACUAUCACAUUGAACGUAAGCUACAAUGGUAAAAAAUAUCCGUUCAAAACAUUCAUUCGGGUGGUGAGCUCACCGCUUGUAGCAUAUCUAUCCGGCGGCAGCUUUCGACAAGUAGAUUCGAAUUCAACUCAGCUGACAUUGAAUGCCUCUCAGUCUUUCGACCCGGAUGAUAAAGAUACCAAGUUAAAUUUCAAAUGGCAGUGUAAAGUCGAAAAUAACUCUUCACCAGCAGUUCCAGAUGAACUUUGCAAUUCAACAGAGUUCAUGGACAUAAUUGACCAAGAAAGUAACGAAACCAUAAAAUUACGUACAAACAAGUUUCGGACGAAUGUGAAAUACACUUUCCAGGUGAACGUAACCGAGAAAGCAAGUUCACGUUCAUCCUCUGCACAACAAAUAGUGAUGCUGGAGCCCAAUAUCCCACAACUGGAAAUAAGGUUAGUUGGUUCUUUCCAGUUGAAUUCGAUCCUAAUAUCCGUUAAAUCCCGUUAAUACUGGCGCUAAGAUCGUACGAAAAUCGCCCGCAUGUAAGAGGGGGAUUUAAACCUGUAUUUCUCAGUCGCGAUGAUGAAUCUGCUACCCAAGGAAAUGAAAGCAUUUUGAGGCACCAAAGAGCUCGAGAGAUUGAUGGCGAAUAGCGCGCACUUGUAACUCAAGAGAAAUGACUGUGUAUCAUCUGGCGAGGUUCUAAUAGAACAUCGUAUUAAGGGGGUAAGUUUCUAAAGAAACUAUGGUGCUGCGUCGGUGGGAGAGUAUAGCAGGUAAUUUAGUGUUAACAACUGUGCUGAAAACGUAAAUUGGCCACCGGAAAGAGUAAAAAAGCUGACGUUUCGAGCGUUAGCCCUUCGUCAGAGCGAUAGACGAAGGGCUAACGCUCGAAACGUCAGCUUUUUUACUCUUUACGAUAGCCAAUUUACGUUUUCAACUCAGUUGUUAACACUAAAUUACUUGUGAACAUCAUAUUACACUGCUCCUUUUCAGCUGCCGCGAUUGUCAAGAAAAGCUAAACCCUUUCGAACGUAUCACCCUUGUGGGAAAAUGCACAAACUGCAAGAGCUACGAGCGACUUGAUAAAACAACUUGGAAAUUACUGUACAAAAAUCGUAGUGAACAUGAACUAUCAGGAAACAACAAUGUAACAGACUCUGGUCUGGGAUGGAAUAACAUUAACCUGGUUUUGAAGGAAGGUUCUUUGGAAGAAAACACAGAAUACAUUGCACAGCUUAACGGCAGCCGCGCUGGAAAAAGCGCUCUCGCAGAGUAUACCUUUCAGACAACUUCCCAACCCGGCGGAGGAUCUGCGACGUGCAGAGUUUUGUGAGUACUUGACAAGAUUACAAGUGUUAAAAAUUAAAGCUAUUGUUGUAAUUAUUGCUGUAUUUUUGGUACAACGCUUUUCAGUACCACUACCGUUAUAGUUACCGUGAGCGCUCCCGUUAUCGUUGUCGUUAUGGUUUUCGUUGUCGUUAUGGUUUUCGUUCUCGUCGUCGUCGUCUUCGUCGUUGUCGUUAUAAUUGUCGUUGUCGUUAUCUUUAUCGUUAUCAUUGUCGUCGUUGUCGUUGUCUUCGUGGUCGCUGUCGUUGCCGUCUUCGUCGUCGUCGUUAUCUUCGUCAUCGUCUUCGUGGUCGCUAUCGUUGCCGUCUUCGUCGUAGUCGUUAUUGCCGUCGUUGUCUUUGCGGUUAUCGUUGUCGUUGUCGUUAUCCUUAUCCUUAUCCUUAUCGUUACUGUCGUCGUCUUUGUCUUUAAUGUUUCCAUUUUCGUAGUCAGUAUCGUUUUGUUUAUCGUAAUGAUUAUAGUUAUUGUCAUCAUUAAAGCUAUCGUCGUCGUUAUAGUUGUCGUAAUCGCCGCCGCUGCCACUUCUACUGCUUUAUUAUCAUUAUUCCAAUAUUAUGCCAUUUUCUCAGAUUAGAUCAAGAGGUUGCUUUUAAUACGAGGGCAGAAUGCACAAAUGUUGUAAAGGAUGUGUUUAGAAAACUUCGGGGAAAAAAAGUAGAAUUAACGUGUGUAUUUGAAAUUCUCACUUCAGUCCACAAGAGGGUUUUGCGGCGGAAACCCUGUUCAAGAUCAACUGUGAAAACUGGGUAACCAUAGACAACCCAAUCUCGUACGAGUUUCGUUACAAAACCAAGAUAGACAACUUAGCUCAGAUUAAUUCAUUAUCGUCGGAGUCACAGGCAAAUCAAGUUUGGUACUUUGGGGAGAGAUCUACUCCAUCGAGAGUGUUACCUAUCGGAGAUCCAAAGAAUGGUUUCCAACUCCAGCUAUCUGCACGUAUCUGCAACAAGUAUCAAUGUUGUGCUAGUUUUUUACUAAACGCCACGGUGAGUUGAAAUUCAAAUUAAAAUCUUUAGUGAUAACAUUUAAGGGUUACUCAAAGACUACAAUGAAGCGUGCCCGUGGAUCAGUAUAUCCUUUAGGCACCACGUCACGGUUUUGGGGUUUUCUAAACCUCAGACUAAUUUUUUGAAGUUCGCCAUUUGCACCUCAUAUUCUCCAUAAUUUUCCAUCCUCGUUCUUUUCCAGUUUAUCACUAUCUGUUUCCCUAUUUUGGUGCCCCAGCGGCGAUAUCGAUUAUUCGUAAUCUCUUUCAGGUUGAAAGUGGAAUAACCCAAAAAAUGACCUGAAAUGUCAAAACGUAGAUCCCGUAGAAUUGUCAGAGGAGGAACAAAUUUGCACUUCAAAUCAAGCCUGAAAAGUAGAUCUUCAAUAGGAGUGAACCUAUGACCUCGCGAACAUGCAAAUUAAAUCGCCUAAAAACUUUUUAGUUGAACUGAUUUUUCUUGUAGGUGAAAGAACCGAAGACGGGACAAAUAGAUAAAGUUAUUCAACAACUGGAGGAAGUGGAUGCCAAGAAAGACCCCAAAAAGGUCGUCCAGGUGGUGGACUCUCUGAUAUCCAUCAUAGAUCAAGGCAACAAGUCGGAAACUGCAAAUAAAGGACAGCAAACUAAGGUAUUUAACGCGUUAUGAGGGUAUCUCAAUUUAGUUUUUUUCCCAAUACCAAAGUUAUCACAACAGCAAAUCAGAAAUGACUGUGAAUAUAUUAAAAUCGUAUAUGUGUACUGCGGAUUAAGAAAUUGAUAUUAAAUCGAUCUUCGCAGUAAUGGACACUACUUGGGCAGUGGUGAAAAUGAGGCUUGAAAAAAAUUUCAGGCCUGUACGGGAUUUGAACCCACGACCUCUGCGAUAUCGGUGUAACGCUCUACCAACUAAGCUAACAAGCCAACUGGGAGCUACUUCUUUAUGUAGGUUCGUAAUAAACUCGUGAUGUAAUGAAGAAAUGACUGUGAAUACAUGAAAACAUAGUCAUGUGAAACGACUGCAGUUUCCACAGUGAUGCCUUGAAUAUUCAGUUGUUCCUUCCUUUCAGGAAAAAUCGAAGCUGGUCACUAAACUUUCGGAAGUCGACAUAACGGAUACAUCACUGGCUCAACAGACCAUCGGUGCUUUGAUAAAAGUCACCAAAGACAAAACGGAAGUAACGUCAAAUACUCAAGUAAGUACAAUCGUCUAGCACCAGUCUAAUAAAUAAACUAAUUCGUUUAUUUAUUCAAUCAUUCAAUCGUUCAUCCACUUUUUAAUUCAUUCUUUCAGUCAUUCUCUCAAUCAUUCUUUAAUUUAUUCACUCAUAUGUGCGUUCGUUUACUUUAUUAACCCACUCAUGCGCACAAUAUACUGCUAUUACAUAUUUUGCUUUUAAAGUUAUAACACUUAAGAGGAAGAACUGAAAGAUUGAAAGAUAAGAAUAUAUGUGCCGUUUGUUCUUUUUUCGGUUAAAAAAAAUAAGAAAACCACCAUUUCAUUCCCUUCACUGGGUCUUGGAUAACAGACCAUUUCGUUUCGUCAGUGAGAAGGCAAUGCAAUGCCAGAGAAAUAGCUAUAAGACCCCCUUCUCACUGCGAUAUUGUCCUGGUUGUGCUUGUGUUUAUGAUUGUGAUGUGCUCACCCUCACAAGGAUUUACGUGCUUUUGCCUACGCUAAGAUGAAAAUGCAGACCCAACAUUUUACCAGUUGUAUUCUUGUCAUUUUUUUUUUUAAUUAGAACCAAGCAGCAGGAAUUGCAAAAGGAGCAGCCUCUGUCUUAAAGGAAUCUGCCAAAAAUCUGGGCGCAGUGAAGGUUGAAGAAAUAGCACGAGAGAUUUACACGGCGUCCUCAAACACGUUAGAAGCCAGCAAAGAAACUACAGCUGAUUACACUGCUCAGCGUAAGGAAUAUCGUUUGUGAUAAUAACUGAAAAAAGUACUCAAAAACCAAAGCAAACUGAAGAAGACAAAAACAGCUAUUGAACCUCUGCGUGCGAGAGAAAUUCCUUCUACCAUUAAUAUGAUCUUUGUAUCUUUCCAUAAGGUAACUGGAUCAAUGUUAGUAUCUGAGCAACUACGCACCUACCCCUCCCCUAGACCAAAUUUAACCCUAACUUGUUAUCAGUUGAGUGUUGUUUGAGGAGGUGUGCAGUUCAUCAGAAAUUUAUAUUGAUCCGGUUCAUUGAUUGACCCUUUUAUGCUUUUUCGCUUUACGUGAGGCAGACCGGUUCAUGAGAACUGAAAAAAAAUCCAUGAAUAAAACUAACCAAGGAGUAUCAUUUAAAUGAGAAAAGCGCUCUCUCAUAGCUUGAUAGGUGUGUUUGGGUGAGGGUUAGUGUAAACACAGUUCUGGCGUUUUGCAUUCGCAGUUAUAUAAAGCACUGUAGGACUUUUUCCUUUAUGUUAUGUCAGUUAGAGACUAAUCAUUAUCUCUCGCCUGAGGGGAGGGGGGAGGGCAGGAUUUUGGUUAUCUCAUCUCAGGCUUGUAUAAGUACAGUAAUUCUCUCAACUAACCCUCACUUGUCUUUUGGUGAGGCUUUGAAAACACAGAAGAAAUCUUCUAUUGGUCAAUUAGUCAUCAGUUGGGCGAACAAGCUCACAGACCUUUGGUUAAAGGGUUUAUCGUGUUAAUGAGCACACUUUAAAACACAAAAAAACGCCCUCAGAGUGUAAUUGCCAAGCAACUAAAUCACUGAAAUCUCUCGUUGCUCAGUUCUCAAGGAUAUCUUCCCAACUACUGCUCCUCCAUCACGUGACUGGUCGGUUAGAAUUAGUUCUCUCAGAAAUCAAGAGGUAUGUUCAUCUUUAAUUUUAUCUUUAGUUUAUUAAAUCGAAUAAAAAAGAUCGAUAAGAGUUUGAACCCAUAGUAAAUCGAUGAACGUGAUAUAAAAAAGGGUUUUUGGGCUUCGUGUGGUACCAAACUUAUAUUCAGGUCUGUUUGGUUUCGGCGCUUUGUAUCCAACUGGUUCAGCAUGGAAAUUACAUACCAAAUAGUGGUAACAAAAAAAACUAAAGGAUUUUUCCAUCCUAAAAGUUAGUGCCAACGCACUUUACGAUUGUUAUUUGGGGAUUGUCGAUUCAUUUAUUUUCAUUCAUUAAUGAAGUCGGCUUUUCUUGCCAGUAAAGGGCUAUUGUGUUUAUAUGAUAAACAAAGUAAUACAUGGUUGCGUAUAGACAUGGAAUUCCUCUUCGAGUGUUCAACUCGAUAGCUCACGAGUAAGCGCGCUCGCUCGUGAGCUAUCGAGUUGAACACUCGAAGAGAAAUUCCAUCUCUACACGCGCCCAUUUAUCAUUCUCUAUUUAUUUUCCGCUCCUCCCAUUUGCUGACUUUCGCCUUGCAAAGUAGCAUGGAAAAAGAAAACGAGGUCGCUAGUUAGGCAAGCAUUGCCCUCCAAUCUCGUUAAAGCCUCUGCCUUAGAUGACCAAUGGUGCAAUUCAAAGAAAGUCAUGACAAUAAUUUGCAGCGGCAAAUCCAUCUGACAAAGAAGCGCCUGCAUAGUCUCAACUGCCAUUUCGACCCGUUGUCUUGAGAGAGAGCUGGUGCGCCGGAAAUCAAAUAGUGUCCCAGUAACUCCACGUACGCGCUGUUGCUUCCCCUUUAAAUUAAUCAUUUCACGUUGCAUUUUUUCAGGAAGCCGAUAAAUCGAAGGAAGUGGUGGAUACGAUCUUGUCGGCAAUGGACCUAGUCAGUGGUGCAAUUCUUAGAAAGAGAGUUCCCGAAGAGGGAGAAACAGAAAUUAAAACACAGGCGUUCGAUAUUCGAUUGAGGCGUUUGCGUAAACAAUCAUUUAACAAUUCUGCAUACAAGGUCGAGACGUCUGAGCAGCUACUAGUUAGCCUUCCGAAUCCCGAUGUCGUCCUUAAAGAUGCAAAUGAAAAAGACCCUGUUGACUUAGAGGUAGGUGAAAUUUAAGCGAUAAAUGUCUGUUUUACUCUUUCAUGGUACGUUUAUACAAAAGGAGACAGAUGAUGAGAAUUGAGAAAGUGACCAAAUAUAAAAUGAAGAUAAAAAUUCCUGGAGUUUAAAGGAUUAUUUCAAGCUUCUUUCAUCGUAAAUUAAACUGAUCGCUUUCGCCGUGAGAGGAGGAGUAUGUGAUAAAUCACUCCAUUUUGGCAUUUACAAUAAACCGCGUUCUCGAGUAUUGAGUCUAAUCACUUGUUAGAAAAUCGCUCUGAUACUGCGAAGGUCUGUUUCGCUUCUUUUAGACUGGGAAGGUGGUUCUAUACAGUUAUAUACACUUAAAUGAAUUUGACUUCACCUUCGAUCGUGUUGCGCCGAAAACUUUGAUGAUUGUGCGAGGCAAUCUGAGGAGAACGAAAACGCAGGGCAUCGUGUCAACUACCCACUAUAACCUCCCUUCCCUUGUCAAGCUCUUUUUCUCUAUGUUUAUAACACUUCAUAAUGGUGUAUUGAAUGUGAAGAGGAUGGAUACGUUGCUCACAAAGUCCUCUCCUUUAACCUAUUUUUUUAAAGAUUAUUGAAGUGUUUCCUUUCGUUUCAGUAUACCUCAAUGGAAAACAUUUUCCGAUCCGACGAAACGAGCUCACCGUAUAUUACUAAGAUACAAGGUUUCGCCCUAAAGCAAGGAAAGCGAGAGAUCAAAAUACAAAAUCUCACCGAUGAUCUUAAAGUCAACAUACUCACCGAUUUGAAAAGCGUGUCUAGCCGCUUCAGCGAACAGUUCUCAGCCAACACGGAAAAAAGUCAUCGUUUCCAGUCUCCACCCGGUCAACCGUACACGCCACUGCUAGUUUACGUUAAAUCGGACGACAACACAACCUUAACUGGCCUGCUUCAUAUCACUUUUGAAGGAAGAGCGUCUAGCAAGUACAGGCUUCGAUUCUCUCCCACGUUCCCUGAUGAGGACGUCUCUGCAACUUUUCAGAAAGUCGACAACUUUACUUACAUGGCCUGGGGACUACCUCAAAGACCUGUCUAUUUCAACUUGACUGUCAAGGUACCUGGGCUGCUUGCAGAGGAAAAACCACGUGUUGUGAAUUACACAGUGGCCAUUUAUCCUGUGCGAUGUAUGUAUUGGGGUAUGGAGGAAAAGAAAUGGCUUGAUGAGGGAUGCAAGGUGAGGACAAAUUUAUCAAAGAUUAUUAUAUUCUACUUCUUAAGAAUAGAGUACUUCGAGAAGCUAGGUUAAGUAGAGGGUGUGAACGGAGAGCACUGUGAUAAUCAAUUAGAAUCUAUAUUGGUGUGCUUCACUUCAGUUAAAGUCACAUGGUUUCCAAAUGUGGCAAGAACAAAAAAGUGGCAAACAAGGCGAAGCUAAGUUUGUCCCUGGUGUUCUUAGUUCAUUUUGAGGUCAUCCGUGAUCUGUCACUGAACAGGCACGCGGUAACAUGGAAUCUAUUUGUUUUAUAUGAUAAAAAAACGCUAAGUUUUGAUAAUGGUGAAAUCAUCUAUGCUUCUGCAUUCUAAUAGAUCGUAGGUAGGUAAAAAUGCAGGUGUAAUUCAGCUUAGCAUAUAUAAUUGAGCAAUAAAUCCCACUUUUUAUCAGAUCGUUUUCUCGGCGUAAAAACUUGCACUGGAUGUUGGGGAGAACACGAGAAAAGUUUCUUUAUCCCAAGUCGAAGAUUAGUGCAGUCGAUUCCGUUUUUAGCUAACGUAAGUACUGUUAAGUGAUAAUUUGUGACCUAUUUUGGUCAGGUUGGUAAGGAGACUUCAAUCGCUGCCACAAACUGCCUGUGUAACCACGCGACUUUUUUUGGUUCCCUGAACGUAAAACCUAACCCUAUUGGUCCUCUGUCAUACGCCAAACUUAAAGAUGGGUAUGCCAUGCUGGUGUUUGUCAGCAUCAUCUUCGCGCUGUAUUUCCUAGCCCUUAUUUGGGCAAGACGGAAAGACAGAGCUGACGUCGUUAGGGUAAGUGUUCAUUUCUUUGAAUAUUUUCCAGGGGGGGACAAGCGAUUAAAGAAUGCAACAGUUUGUAGGGUGGGAAGGGGGUUGGCUUUAGUUAACAGUGAUUUAUUUGGAAAGAAAGGUCGUAAAAGGUCAGAAAGAGAGAAUAAAGACCAAGUGAAUUUGCAUGAUGAUGAUUUCUUUUGGUUCAAGUUCUGCUGAAUGUUCAAUUUUAUAUUGAUUAGACGUUAAUAGGACAUAUCGACGUUAUCAUAUCGACGGGUUGGUUUUAUGGUGAGGGUCUACUUUUCUUGGGUCUAGGCUUAUGAAGGAAAGAAUGGGCCGACCAAAAACAUAGAAAGCUUGCCUUUUAAUUCGGCCCAAAAAUUGAAUAUACGUAUCCUUUUUUCAUUUAGGUUGGUGUCUGUCCACUACGGGAUAAUGAGCCCUCAGACCCGUACCGUUACGAGGUGACUCUAUGGACGGGCAUGCGCCGUAAUGCUGGCACUAAAUCCAAAGUUAGCAUUAUACUGUACGGUGACGAACAGGACGGUGAGGCGCGCGCUUUGCAUGAUCCUGAGAGAAACCCUUUUCAACGUGGUAGCCAGGACUCGUUUCUUCUGACCACGCCCUUUGACUUAGGCUCCAUUCAUUACAUCCGGGUGUGGCACGAUAACGCAGGUGGCUCGUGGUUUCUGAGUCGAAUUAUGGUGAUUGAUCUACAAACAGAGGAGAGAUUUUACUUCAUCUGUAACAGGUGGCUGGCUGUGGAUGAGGAAGAUGGCCAGGUAUGGUGUGGUGGGGUGUAUCUAAGAAGUAAGGUUGUAAGGUGCAUACGACACCCUCUUUCUUGAGGAGAGAGACAAUUUAGGAUGCUUCUAAAUUCCACUGGAUCCGGCUUCUCAUAGCGCUCUGCAACUCUAGAACCUGCGCAAACCACUUGCUGUUGAACACCCCAAGAAGUUGAUCUGAUAUCAGGGAAACUUAGAACAUUUUACGAUGGAGGAAGAAACCAAUUUGAAGAAUACCGUUUGUGAUCAUAUUUAAAGCGCAUACCGAUUGAUUGUCCCUCAGCAAUGUAGUUACAAGGAACCAAACAGCCUGUAGCCUGGUGCAUGGAAAAGCGAGUGACCAAGUCCACUUGGUUUUAGUCUUGGAUCUUAUUUGAGAGAUUUUUAUUUUUAUUCUCUGGUUAGGUUGAACGUCUCGUUAUGUUGGCCAGCAAAGCGGAGCUUACAGAGUUUGGUCAUCUAUUUGUUGCCAGAACGCGCCGUAACCUUAGCGACAGUCAUCUGUGGUUCUCAGUCCUCGCCCGUCCAGCCGGCAGUCGAUUCACGCGAGUACAGCGGUUGUCCUGUUGUCUGUGUCUUCUACUCAUGUCAAUGAUGACCAGUGGUAUGUACUACGGCCCACGAGGCGACCCCUCCAACACGCAGCAAAUUGGCUCCAUUGUUUUCACCUGGAAUCAGGUGAGUUCCACAUUCAAAUCGUAACGUAUUGUUUACUGUCCACAGGUACGCAAUACGUGCAGAAUAUUAAAAUAAAUGAGGACUCGUUUGUUAACCAGUUUUUAAUUUAAUCCGUACAGGUGCUGGUCGGGAUCAUUUCGAGUCUCAUAGUCUUCCCAAUUAACCUGAUAGUGGUGCAGAUCUUUCGCAAUGUCCGACCUAAACCAAAAGUCAAGCCGAAAAAGCCACCUCCCACCCCUUGUCUGCCGACUCUUUCCUUUGAUAAGGACAGCCUGGACAAUUACAAUAACCUGAAAGAAUCGUCGGACGACUCUGCUAAGGGAUCGAGCAACAGUCUAGAUUUCUCACGAGAAAAGAACAAUAAGACUCGGUUGUCAAUUAAUGAUGUGCAUACUGACGUGGACCGCACAAGUUUUACCGACAGCCCACUGCUGAUUGAUCGUAGGCUCAGUACCACAUACGACAUCGGUAAGGAAACACGUUGGCGUCUCACUAAAAAUUUUCUCUUUUUUUAUUUAUAAAGGAGUUGAGGCAAUCUUGACUGCAACAGUGCUUCGCGCUGCUUUUAGAAAAUUUGGAGAGGAAAACAACUGUGAUUUCUAUUGUUGAGUGUGAACUACUACUAUUACAGGAUACUUAUACAAAUUGAUACCAUUCGUCACAAGGCUGAAUUUUUAUCUAGUCUCCUUCGCACCUGUAUUCUGGGAUGUCAUGCGACGACAUCCAAGGGGGAGCAUAACGUGACAUCCACAUAAACGGCGGCGAGCCUAACACUCACAUGAAUUACAACGGUCCCAUUCGUCUCCGGUUUUUUUCUUUUUUUCUUGCUAUCUAUCCUAUUUUUUCACUUUUUAGAGAGCAGUCAUUAUUUAUCACCUGGGGGCUUGGAGGAUUUUCUUUUCUUUUCUUUGGGGGGAGGAAAGGGGAUCGUAUUGUUUUCAGGGGGAACAAAGAGGAGAGUAGUCGUCACCAACAGAGUGUAAAAGUGAUCUGUUCCUUAUAUAAUUUCAUUGAUUUCUUCCACUAUCUUACGCCACCGUUGUGAAUCAUUUUAUAACCGGCGUCGACACUGCGUAAAUUCAAAGGCAUCGAGGGAAUACUCAAUGACAUUUCCCUCUUUUUUUAGCUCCUACGUCCCGUGCACGCCGCUUGCUGUUGUGGUUCAAGAAGAAAAACACGUUGCCUUUUUACUUCGUGUACGUGGCAUGGUUUUUCGUCUUCAUCUUCUCAGCUGGGUCAGCCGCUGUAAUUGUAUUUUACGGCAUGGAGUUUAAAAACGAAAAGUCCUUGCAGUGGUUAUUUUCGUCCUGUGUGUCUUUUGUUCAAGAUGUGUUCAUCACUCAACCCUUCAAGGUAAGCCUUUGACGCCUAGUUCAUUUUCUCUCAGGGACCGGUAAUUUAUUUAAUACGGGGGGGGGAGGGGUCGGAUGAUUUUGGUUGUGUCACAUUAACAUUUGCCUUGAUUUUCCUACAAGGUCUGUAAAUGUUCUUAUGAUACACCCCAUUGGCAGUUAACUGGCAGUCAAAUGUUCCACAGUCCCCCCUUUUAUACUCUGCUAGUGACGACUGAUCCCCCAUCGUUCUCCCUGAAAACCAUGUGAUCCACCCCAGAAGUCCUCCACUCCCCCCCAUCCCUCAGGUGACAAAUAGUGACUGGUCCGUUAUGGAGAUGCAGCAUAGCAUUGUACGUCCAUUAAUGACUUUGCUGGUUCAUUGUGGUUGUGAGAGGAGGGCCCCAAUGAAAAGAUAGAACACUCAUCGAGCAAGUUACUGAACGAAAUGGGAAGAACUGAUGAUAUUAAACAUAUAUGGGGCUAAUAAAAUAGAGUAGUACCAUAUCAGUAGGUUAAAUUAUGGAGGAAAUUGGGGAACAUGAAGAAAAUGAGAUUGAGAUUGGAUUCAAAACGUGAAAGGAGGGGUAGGUAAAUGUCGAUGGAAAAGCACAUAAGGGUAUCAUAAUCAUAACGUAUAUUUCUUCGUGGAGAAAAAGGCUGCUCUUUCCUCCUCAGGUAUAGCUGCCUCCGGGAAGUUUCUCAACUCACAAUUCUUACGCUCUGUUCCGACUUUCGUUCUCGCUUACUCUUGCCUUCUAGUAAAGUGAGAACUAUGAAUGCUAAAUUACUGUGUUCUCCUUAGAGGAAAGUGUUUUCUGCAGCAUUUCCUUGACAGAUUGGGCACCAUAAGACAAAUCUUCAAACAUAAAAGGAACUCAUUGAUAGGAACUCAAAUUAGGUUAAAGAAAAUUGUCUUGAGGCGCGGGAAAACUGGUUUUUAGUUUUGCAUCUGAUUCGUUGAGAGAGUGGCGUGACUUUUCUGGUUUUAUCACAGAGCGUUGUAAAGAUUUGAAAAAACCGAUGCAAUGCAGUAUUACUUGUGAAGUUUACUUAUAAAGUGCUCCCUUUUUUAAUUUUUUUGUUGACACAGGUGCUCGGUUUGGCGGUAUUCUUUGCUCUGGUCGUUAAAAAGCCAGACAAAGGUGAAUUUCAGGUAACUGAAGAGGUGCUCAAACUCGCCGAGGAUGAAGAAUUUCUCGGCCAACAAUCGGACCUCAACUCAGGAGGAUCAAAGACAAAGAAAGCGAAGCUUUUCCCUCCAGACCAAGCAAGACUGAUUGCUAUGAGAGCAGCGAGAAUGAAGGAACGAAAGAUGUAUUCUGUCAUUCGCGAGGUCGCCACUUACUACAUAUUUCUCGCCCUGUUGCUAACGAUCGCUUACACGCACAGAGACAAAUCAGCUUACUUCCAGACGAAACACCUUUUCGAUAUUAUGGGAGAUAACUUUUCCAAAGUGAGUACCAAAUGAAAUCUCUGAAUAAUGUAAUGUCGUUAUUUAUCAUCGAGGGGUCAGAGGAUCUUGGUAGUGUCACAAUAAAAUUCACCUGAUUCCCCCUCCCUAGACUCUGUAGUAUUCUAAUGAUCCAUCCUAAUUGGCAGUCAAGUUUAUUCUGUCCUACUUUUAUACUCUGUCAGCAACGAUAAGCCUCCCCCCCCCACAUUCUCCCUGAAAACCACGUAACCUCCUUCCCAAAUCCUCCGACCUUAGUGAUAAAUAAUAACUUUUUCCCCUGGUGUUAUAUAUAUAUAUAUAUAUAUAUGUACAUCCACCCUAUUGAGUUAUGCCUUUUAUCCUUGCAUCGCAGUCUGGCUGCUAAAAUUUUACAAGAUAAUACUUUCUCUUCGACCUCGGGUUCGUCAUCGCCAGUUGAAGAGAGGAAGCCUUUUUCUUUGUUAGCUUGUGGGCCUCGACUCCGAGUGACCCAGAAACCUCGCUAGUUUCACAGAGUAUUUUAACUUUAAAAGAUUCCUUUUUUGAAGGCCAUUUUGUAUCUAUGAAUGUUCCUGCUAUCGUGUUCUACUAGUAUAUGUUUUAAAUAACGUCAUUCGAAUUCUUGUUCACAUCCACAGAUAACAAAUGAAAAAGAGUUUUGGAAUUGGACUCAAAGUGAGCUCUUGACGAGCUUGUUCCCCAAGAAAUGGUACAACGGCGAAGAACGAAAAUCCGAUGGGUUCAUGGUGGAUGGCUACAGUCAGAUGGUGGGCGGGGCAAGGAUGAGACUCCUCAGAGUAAAAAGAGGUUUGUUUGCUUGUUUGUUUAUUUGUCUUUUUUAUAUGUCGGCAAUUUUUCAUUUUCUGUUGCAAGGAUCGUCUGCGGGUAUUACCGCUCCUGCAGGAUGCACGUCAGGCCUCCAAGCAUUUCGUCAGCUUUCCGUGGCAUUUCGCUUGUAUUUGUUAUCUCUCCUCGAAAGAGAGAGGCACUGUGGUGGUACCUUAUCUUGGCUAAUGACAUAUUACCAUAUUCUGGCCAGUGUCGGGGCCCAGACCUCGGGAUCAGGAAUCCAGCGCGCUUACCAAAGAUUUACUUGCUAACAGGCCCUUUCUUAGCGUCUCACAACAGGCCAAGUGACUUUCCCUUCCCCUACCCCACCCCUAUACUAAGUCCAUGCUGACCAUGGAACUCAUAACAACAUAUUUGAUUCCCAGAAUCCUGCCGGGUUCCAACCGAGUUGUAUGGCAUCACAAAAGAAUGCUACGGAGAAUAUUUUGUGACCAAGAACGACAAGAAUGAUUACACAGAGGGAUGGGAGAACAUCACUACAUACGACACUCCAGUGUCUUGGGAUGACAUGCCGUGGAGAUAUCAAAACAGCAGUCAGCUUGAUGGGUACCCCUUCUUGGGCACUCUGACCACUUACAGUGGAGGAGGGUACGUUCAAAGUUGUUCUAAAGCUAACUAUCGUAAAAUGUCGAUCGCGAGAGAUAAGCACGCGCUCGUAUUGCCUAGCUGAAAAAAAAAAUAUUAAGGCAGACUCUUCAAGACUUACGCUUAGAUUUUGAUUCAUUUUGGCGCGAGAAUCGUAAUUUAAAAAAGAACUUUUAAACAAAUAAUCUGCAAGUGUAGACUUACGUCAAGGAAAGGAUACUUAAUCCUUUCAGCACAGAGAUCUGAUCGUUAAUUCUCCCCUCUUGCAGCAACACAUUUUACGAAUUUUUAUGGAUUAAGAUCACAAAUUGUACCUUAUAAGUUUGAGUAUUCUUAUUACCUCUGAGCUGGGUAAUUUACGUAUAUAAUAGGGUUGGAAGUUAAUGUUUGAAAAUCACUUCUAUGAUUUAAAUGGUUAAAUAUGGUUAAGAUAAAUACUGUAAAAUCAUAUGAUGAACUUGAAAAAUAUCAGCUCUUUUUUGAGCCAUGUGUGUUCCCACAGUGAAAAGAAGAACUCUCGUGGAUUUCUUGUCUGGACACAGUUGUUUAGUUCUGUUUCUGCUCAAAGCCACAUAAUGUCUAAAGAAGAUCCCGUCUACUCCCAAAGAGAAUAAAUACUGCUUUUCACAAUUUUGUUUUCUAACGGGUUAAAGACUUGCAUGUGCAUUCAUGGACAUACUAGUUAAAAUGCUUUCCGUUCUUAAUCGCACAGUCAUUGUCUGGAGUUAAACCAAAGGCGAGUUUCUCUUUCUUCCAAAUUUGACCAUAUUGUUGCACCAUUGUGUUUUUUUAGUGUAAUACAUUCGUGUAAAUUUUCUUUCCACAGGUACGUAAUUGUUCUUGAACCUGGGUUGGAGAACUUCAAACGUGUCAGAGUCCUUGAGAAAAAUAUGUGGAUCGAGCGGCGCACACGGGCUGUGCUGACUGAAUUCACAAUAUACAAUGCACAGAGUAACCUGUUUUCUAUUGUUACUCUGGCGGCAGAAUAUCCCGCCACUGGCGCGGCUAUUCCUUACGUUAGCAUCCAGACUGCGCGCCUGUACGACUUCACCAAGACCAUCAUGUUCUUUGUAUUAACGAUCGAGGUCGUGUUUGUGUUGUUCACGUUGUUUUUCUUUUAUCGUGAAGUGAAACAUAUUUACAAACUUGGAAUCCAGGCUUACCUGAAAGAGUUUUGGAACUGUGUGGAGAUGGGGAUCAGUUUGUUUACCUUCGCUGCCAUAGCGAUGUAUGUUUAUCGCACGCUCACCAUUAGAAAUGUGUUGGAUUUAGUGCGACACGACCCUUUCAACUUCAAGAGCUUUCAGUUCGCAGGGUAUUGGAACGAGACGUACACGUUUGUCCUGGCUAUGAUCGUUCUCCUAGCAAACAUUAAACUGAACAAGCUCCUCCGGUUUAACAAGCGGUUCUCGCUCCUGUCCUCCACACUUAAGUACGCGUACUACCCAUUGCUGAUGUUCAGCAUUGUCUGGGGCAUCGUCUUUCUCGCUUACACGAUGUUCGCGUCGUUAGUGUUCGGACCCGUUCUGUACAACUACCGCAGCAUCAUGGCCUCGCUGACGUCUCUGUUAAGCCUUAUGCUGGGAAGGACUGCCUACUUUGAGAUGCGUGACACCAAUCGCGUCCUCGGUCCUCUUUUUUUCUUCGGUUUUAUGUUCAUGAUGUCGUUUGUGCUCAUCAACAUGUUCCUUUCCAUCGUGGUGGACUCGUUCAUCGUCGUCAAGCACGACAAUGACAAGCAAUCGAACGAGUAUGAAAUCGUCGACUUCAUCAUCGAGCGCUUUAAGCUGUGGUCGGGAAUCGGAAAGACUCGGAGACCACAGAGUCGAGGCAAGGUCCUUUGGGAGACGGCUACGUCUCGUGUCAAAGCCGUCAACGUGCUUACCAAGAGCCACCUAACCUCAGAUGUCGCAGGUCUGCACGAAGAUUCAGUUUCAAAGCUGGAGAACCGACUUGAAAAACUUAUUGAUCGAACUGAAGAGUUGUAUGGGGAGAUUUUCCCUGAGAAGAAAUACAAAAACUCAGGGAAGACACGGGGAAGGGUUGAAAAAGGAGAAGUGCCUGUUUCUAAGGGGGAUAUACUUGAGGGGCAAACUGGCUGACAGAGGAAACACAAAGUGGUCUCCAAGGGUGGUGUUUGUAAAAUAUCUCUUUAAGAUGAAGCGUAGUUUGAUCGUUACUAAAAAUGGACAAAGAUUUUAAAUUCCUCUACAAAGUCUUUUAAUACCGACGUACUUGAAUAAUCAGAUGAAAUCAUCUAUAAAAAUCGUGGUCUUAUGAUGACUUCUUAUGAGAUUCAAGGUCUUUUUUAACGCAUUAAAUCAGCCCACAUGUUCUCAAACCUUUGCUUUUAAAUCAAAAGAUCGACCAGUUUGAAAUAAAGUACAGUACUCAAACAGAUUGCAUAAUCUCGGCAGUAAAGAUAGUUAAGAACGGAUGAAACAACUUAAGAUCUCACUGCAGGAAGAUUUAAGAUAUUUAAAUUCUAAGAAUAGCGUUUCAAAGUACUUCAAAUAAAUCCUCGGCUAAAAAAUAGUUUAGAUCAAUGCCGAGGACUUUUUGAUUAUCGAAGGUAAUCUAGGAUUGCACUAGUUUUCCUUCUUUUCCAUCUGCUGAGGCCUGCUAACCAUGCGUUUUGAAUGCCUCGAUUGGCCAAUCGAUUUAGCUAUAGCAUGGUUUAUACUUUCGGAAAACCAAUGACCCUUAAAUUGUAUACAAAUUGUAUACAAAUUGCCGUACGUGUAGAGUGGUCAGUUGCUAGUGCUCUUUGUAUAUAAUUGAGAGGUUUUCAUCAGUGUUUUGAUUUAGAAUAUACUGUCGCGAAAAGUGCAACGCGAAGUUAAGAUUAGAUACCAGAAUAUAAAGAAACCAUUUUCGUGGAAUUUCCAACCACUUUACUUAAUUAAAUACCAGUCACUGCAGCCCACAACGACACAGCGCUUUACGCAUCUCAAAAUUCAAAACGAUUCUACACCUUAUUUAAUUGUUUUCCAUUUUCAAUUUCCAAUUUCAACCUUCUGUUUUUACAAGUUAUUUGUAAUAAUUAAUUUUAUUCUACAUGUUAAAAUGUGAUUUUCCAUUAAAAACAGUUGAUUGAC